AUGAAGUUUCAAGUUCUCCUCUGUCUUUUUUCGAUUCUUUGUUUGGCCAUCUCUGUCAAGACUGCUUCUUACUCUGAUGAGUUGAGUUUGUUCGCAAGUGGAAAUUCAUAUUUCCCACUAGAUUCUGGAAUCAUCAAAUUUGAUUCCAUAGAAAUACCCUUUGAUGGUAUCGGUGGAUAUUUCCGGUCAAUAGACUCCUUUCUGUUUGACAGGUUUUCGAAGUUGAAGGUGUUGUCCAAAAUAUUACGUGCUGCUGUUGAAGCUAAAGCAACUGGUGACAUAUUGUAUUUGUACAACUUCAUUGCUUUUAAUGGACAAGAUCGAAGUAUGACCUUGGACUACACUUCUAAUUUUAAAGAUGAAGUAUGUCUAUUUUUGUGCAAGUAUGACACAAAUUCGACAACGGAGUUAUCAGAAACUACUGCAGACUCGAGGUUAUCUGCUUAUUAUAAGAAUUUCCCAGUUGAAGAAUGUGAAUACAGUCGUGAGGAAGGAUUUUGCGGCAAAAACGUUUGGGUACUGACGCCAACCUCGGUCGAAAAGAAUUGGCAAGUAGAACCUUUUUACUCAUUUAUUAGUACUACCAAGGUUCAUUUUAUGGGCUAUUCCACCUUGAAGACCGUUGGCUUCGAAAUACAGCUACGUACAUACCUUGAGCGAACAUAUUCAGAUUAA